AUGACGACAGCGCGUAAAUCGGCUGCUGGAAACCAGAGAUGCUCUGGUUUGAACGGUGAACACAAGUGCCUGCCAGCCAACACGGUCCCAGCCAGCUCCACGUCAGCCAGAGGACAGGGAAGCUUCGUGCCGUAUGGAGCAACUUUACAAGCAACUGAGCCUGGUUUGGAUCGAUCACAAGUGUCCAAACUGAAGAUGUCCACUGCGCCCAACCAGAGCUAUCCGUCCCCAGGCAGCGCGGACACGGCGGACCCCUCCGGGAUGGAGAGGCACACGCGCCUCCUGCUCUUCGCCUUGUGCGUAACCAUCGCCGCCGCGACCUCAGUCGGAGGAGUGUAUUCACUGCUCUCUCUCCUCCGGAUGAGGAGGAAGACCUCCCUGUGUGUCAUCGUGGCUUCCAUGUCUGUGGACGACCUGCUCAGUGUGGUGCCCCUCUCCUUGUUCAUGCUCCUCCAGUGGGAGACCCCCGCAGGUGAGGGGUCGCGCCUCCUGUGCACUUUGUCGGGACUUCUGUACGUGUUCCAGGGGCUCUCCAGCAACAUGAAGGCUUGCCUCAUCGCAGCCUACACUUUCUAUGUCACCAAGAGGUUCGGGGUGCUCCAGUCCGCACGCCGGCCCCUCGGGGUUCUGUGGGCUGUCGCGGGCGUGUGGGCGGUGAGCCUGGCGGUCAGCGCGCUGCCUCUGUGCGGAUGGGGAAGCUUCACGCGCGCAUCUCUCGGGUGUUUCCCGGAGAGCGACAGCUUCUACGUGCUGCUGCUCUUCUCCCUGUACUCCCUGUGCUUCUGCGGGUCCCUCUUCUUCUUCACCCCGCUCACCUACCAGUUGCUGUGCUCCAGAGAGCCCCAGAGGAGCCUGCUGUACCCGAGCUGCCUGGACGUGUCCCGGGGACUGAGUGGCUCCGCGCCCCUCUGCGACCUCCAGUCCUUCUCCCGGGACAGCCUGCACAAAAGUUUGGGCGCGUACAACGAGCUGAGCCCGAGUUCGAGCGGGACGGAGAUGAGGGAGAAGGAGGACAGCUGUGUGUCCCCGGUGUCCCGGGGUGGACAGAGGACAGCUGCGGCUGUUGGAGACACGCCGGUGGUGUUCGCGCAGAAGCGCUUCUCCAUGAUUCUGGCUGUGGUCCGAGUGGUUUUAUGGAUGCCAAUGAUGACUUUGGUACUCAUAAGGCAUGCGGUGAACGUACGCAGCUCCUCCCUGGAGACGCUGAGCUUCUUCCUCACUCUGCUUGCACCUGCGGUCACUCCCCUCUUUGUGCUGUCGGAGCGCUGGAUCCACAUGCCAUGUGGCUGCUUCAUUAACUGCAAACGGAAUCUAACUCAGGAACCCCCAGUGAUGAAAAGGAAGUUUGAGUUCAACCUUUCCUUCCAACAAGGAUAUGGUGUCUACAAGUUAUCACACGCCACCAAGUCUUACAGCAGCUCCCCCGUGGAGAAACCCAAUUAUCACAGCCUUUUCAACUGUGACUUCUCAAAUCCCCGCCUUGACGCGCUGGAAAGUGGCGGCCUCUCCAGGCUUUGUCCCAACUUUGAUUUCAGCACCUCGCCCCCAGUGGACAGCUCCUCUCAGUCGGGCCUCCUCUCAGAGGCCAGGGGAGGGGAAGCACAGGCUGACUGUCCUCCACUGCCUCACGAGAACCCCAAGGAUGGUGAGGAGUUCCACCACGUCACCACACUGCCUUCUCACCGCCAGGAAAAGGAAUUCAACCUGAACGACUCCUCGUCUGUGUUUGAAGGGCCAGAGAGGAGGCUGUCGCAUGAGGAGUGUCGGAAAAUUGAGCUGACGGACUGGGAGUGGUGCAGGAGUAAAUCAGAGAGAACACCCAGACAGAAGUCAUCCGGUGGUCUGUCAAUCCCUCUUUGUGCCUUUCAGGGCACUGUCUCUCUGCAAGCACCCACAGGCAAAACGCUCUCUCUUUCUACUUAUGAGGUCAGCAGCGACGGACUCAAAAUCUCCCCCAAUAAUGCCAAGAAGGUGGAAGUGUAUCGCUCCAAGUCGGUUGGUCAUGAACCCAGUGCAGAUGAUGCAGCAUCUGGAGGCCGACGCCAAGCUGGAGACACGAGCACCAGCUGUGUUGGGAUGGGCAUGGAGAUCGGCGUGGGGAUGGGAAUCGGAGCCGGGGUAGGGGACACCAACGUAAAGAUUCACCUGGAGGUCCUGGAAAUCUGCGAUAACGAGGAAGCCAUGGACAGCGUCUCGAUCAUCUCAAACAUCAGCCAGUCUUCUACCCACGCCCGCUCGCCGUCGCUGCGUUACUCGCGCCGGGAGAACCGCUUCGUCUCGUGCGACCUGGGCGAGACCGCAUCCUACUCUCUGCUCAUCCCCAGCAGCGGCAACACCGAGGCAGAGACCAUCAAUAUCACUAUUCCUGACACCGUGGAAGCCCACCGGCAGAACAGCCGACGACAGACGCAGGAGAGCUCAGGGUAUCACGAGGAUAUACAGCUGCUAAAUGAGGCUUACAGAAAGCAGGCGGGAGAGGAGGAAGAGUGA